AUUCAUCCCCCUCCCUCCCUCCCUCCCUCCUCGGAAUCCGCCAUUGAUCUAAGCUCCAAUCCUUACUUCUCCCUCUCUUUCCGUAACGGACAAGCGAAAUCCACUCCCGACUGCACCGAAAUUUCGUCCUAAGAUUGUGUCUGCAAUCGCCUCACUCCCUCUCUCUCCGAAAUGGGUUCUCUGGUCCCGUUCCAAGACCUCAACCUGCUGCCGGACCCGCCCACCGCCACCGCCGCCGCCGCCGCCGCCGCCACCGCCACCGUCACUCCCAAGAUCGAGCCCAAGCUCGAACCCCUCGACGAACCGCCCCAGACCCACGUGCAGCGGCCCCCCGCUGCAGACCCACGAGCUUCCCAACCCCCCCCCCCUGAAUUCUUCCUCAGCUCCCCGAACGCCCCGCAGACCCCCUCCCCGGACAGCAGCGGCGGCGGCGGCGACCAGCUCUUCUCCGAGUUCCACCGCGUGUCCGAGCUGUUCCGCAGCGCGUUCGCCAGGCGGUACGGCCGCGGGGGCGGCGACGUCGACGUGCUGGAUCCCAAGACGCGGGCCAUUGUCCCGGUGAAGAGCGAGGAGGCGCAGGUCUCUCCGUUCGCGGCCUCGCCGAGCAGCGGCGGCCGGCGACAGCAGCUGCAGCCGCGGUCGUCGGAGCUCGUGAUCGCCGAUCUCAGCGACGAGGACAAGAGGUACUUUCGCGAGGAGGUGCGCCAGGCCCGCCUGAUUUACGAUAGCCUGCGUGUUUUUUAUAUGUCGCAUGAGGAGGGUGUCGAUGGUAGGAUGAGGAGGGGUGAUUUGGCGGCCGCUUCCAUGAUGAGAGGGAAGGGAUUGUGGGUGAAUCGCGACAAGAGAAUCGUGGGACCUUUACCUGGUGUAGAGAUAGGCGAUGUCUUCUUCUAUAGGAUGGAGUUGUGUGUUGUUGGUCUGCAUGGUCAACCGCAAGCUGGCAUUGAUUAUUUAACUGCUAGCCAGAGCUCAAAUGGCGAGCCGAUUGCGACCAGUGUUAUUGUGUCUGGAGGGUAUGAGGACGAUGAGGAUGCAGGGGAUGUGAUUAUAUAUAGUGGUCAUGGAGGGCAGGAUAAGCUAAAUAGGCAGUGUAACCACCAGAAGUUGGAAGGUGGUAAUUUGGCUAUGGAAAGGAGCAUGCACUAUGGAAUCGAAGUUCGGGUUAUAAGGGGGAUAAGAUACGGCGGCGGUGCGACACCCAAGAUAUAUGUGUAUGAUGGGUUGUAUAGGAUUCUUGAUCAUUGGUUUGAUAUCGGUAGGUCUGGUUUUGGGGUAUACAAGUAUAAGUUGAUGAGAAUUGAAGGGCAACCAGAAAUGGGUAGUGCUAUCAUGAGGUUUGCUCAGACCCUUAGGACAAGGCCUUUAACAGUUAGGCCCAAGGGAUAUCUCAGUCUUGACAUUUCAGCGAGGAAGGAAUGUGCGCCCGUUUUUCUGUAUAAUGACAUUGAUUCUGACAGCACUCCCCUGCAUUAUGAGUACUUAGCCAGGACUGUAUUUCCUCCGUAUUUGGUGGUUCAAAAUGCUAAUGGCAGUGGGUGUGAAUGUGUUCUGAGCUGUGGAAGUAAUUGCUUUUGUGCUUCGAGAAAUGGGGGUGAGUUUGCCUAUGAUCACAAUGGGUUACUUACGAGGGGAAAGCCAGUUAUUUUUGAAUGUGGGCCAUUUUGUAAGUGUCCUCCAACCUGCCGUAAUCGUGUGACGCAGAAAGGUUUAAGUAGUAAGUUGGAGAUAUUUAGAUCGAAGGAGACCAAUUGGGGUGUUAGGACCUUAGAGCUGAUACAAGCUGGUGCUUUUAUCUGUGAAUAUGCAGGAGUUGUACUCACGAGAGACCAAGCCCAGAUUUUCAGCAUGAGUGGCGAUCCAUUGGUCUACCCGAGCAGGUUUACUGCUAAAUGGACCAAGUGGGGAGAUUUGUCCAAAGUGUAUCCGGAUUUUGCACGCCCUGCUUAUCCAUCAAUUCCUCCUUUGGAUUUUGCUAUGGAUGUCUCAAAAAUGAGGAAUGUUGCUUGUUAUAUUAGCCAUAGUUCAACUCCUAAUGUAAUGGUGCAGUAUGUAUUGUAUGAUCACAAUAAUGUUUCGUUUCCUCACGUAAUGUUGUUUGCAUUGGAGAAUAUUCCUCCUCUGAGGGAGCUCAGCCUUGACUAUGGUGCUGCGGAUGAAUGGACUGGGAAGCCUCCUCUUCUCUGUAACUGAACUGUCUUGGGAAGUUGGACAGACUGAAUUGAGGAUGGUGCCCAUUUCCUAUAUCUAAAUUGGAGAAGUGAUGCAUUUCGAAAGUGAUGCAGUGCAGCGUUACAAGGGCUGAGAUUUUGGUUGGAUCUUUUGCGGGCAUGUGUCUGCGGAUGCUGCUUCCCAGUUCUGUCCCCAUUUUUUGUGUGCGAGCUGAUGCUGCCGGUGAAUUUAUUAGAAACAACAAAACUGGCGGUCCAUCAAAUUUUUGGAUGUGAUUACCUUGUAAGAGAAAUUUUUGUCAAGGACUGAACUUCACGCAGAUCGGCUGCUGGCGGAAGUACUGAUAGCUGUUUUUGCUGACAGUGCACCUUUUUGUACUUGUAGGAUAAGGCCGCUCCACGCACUGGUCGAAAUUGUGGAUGACCAACAUCUAUUGUACUUGUAAACCCAUAAAUGCCAAAAUCUAUUGUAUGGUUAACUUGUAUAUAAAGUUCGCAUCACAGUUGUACAGUUAUCAUAUCUGUUAGUGCAGGCAUAGCAGGAAGUCCAUCUCUCUCUCUCUCUCUCUCUCUCUCUCUCUCUCUCUCUCUGUGGCUAAAUCUUUCUUCGGCUUCCUUGUAUUCUUCUUCUAUUCUGAAACUUCCGUUUGAGGACUCAUGCUUGAUCAAUGUGCUACGACGUAGCAUUGAAUAACAGGGGCAUGACAUUGAAUUCA